GUGAACUACAUGUGUGUUCUUUUAUGUUGAUGUUUAGGCAUUUGUUUUGCGGUGGGGGAACUACAAAUAAAACUCGGUUGCGUUUUUUUUCUGAGUAGAAAACCUCGUGCCAAAAUCUGGACUCAUUUUUUAUACAGUGCGAGAAAAGGGCUUUGAAACAGCAAAAAAUCAACUUUUGGUUGAGAGGUCGAUUCAAAGUCCGCAGCUCCUGUCCGUCCGACAUUUCAACUUCGGAUUUGGUCGUUUCAUGAUAUUGGUUAUAUUGGGUAUAAGAAUGCGGACUAGUAUCUUUAAACGUGUGCUACCCCCAUUACCUUCCCUCAGAUCUCGUCCGUCCCCCUGAUGCGCUAGUACGAAAACUAGAAAGAGGGCCCGUAUGAAAAUGCCCCCGAGCGAGCCUUGAGGCAGUCAGGCGUAGUUACAUAGCUGUGAAGAUGAUUCGGUAGUCGUGGUAAGUACAGGAUUUUUCUUUGCUGGUCAAAAACUUACCCCACACAGGAAGCAAGUAGUACUUAGACAGACUAAGGGAAAAGAAUAUAUGUUGAUGUUCUCACCCUCCUGAAAAUAAGCCACACCUAGAUCUUCAAAUAGGUCUACUUGGAUAUUUAGAUAUUGAACACAUGGAAGAAUAGAUGCAGUCCGCACUGGAAGAAAAGAAUGUCGAACAGCCUCCGUCAAAGAACGUAGACCCGUUUUCAUUCCGCCUGAAAGUUCGCAACGCGCUUUCCGAUGAGGCACUGCCCGUUGCAGACACUUUCGAGACGAAGGUCACAACGGUACAAGAAGUACGCAAAGCCGUAGCGGCGGCGGUCAGAGCAGGAAGUGCUGGCCGGGUAGUUCACGCUGCACCUGCUAGUACGCUAGACGAGAACGGGACCGCGUCGAAACGGCAUCGCUGCUUUUAUCGCAAGAAAAAAGUGUUAAUACAGUUACACAGACAUUGUGUUGCACGCCAAGCAAGACAGACAAGCUCUGUCAUGCCGGAUAUGCAUAGGAGCGUCGUUUCAUAGGUGUUUUCCCGUAGGAUUUCUGCAUUAUCAUGCAGAGAAAUUUGUGUUGCUGAAUUGACUACAAAUGUGUAACUGUCACGCGCUUUUUUCUUUUGAUAGCUUUUGGGAAAACAUUAUUCUGUUUCUGAAGGACGGCGAAACGGUUAUCGGAAACACGGACGCCUUGCCGUCUUCCGGGAGUUGGAAAGACGAGAACUUUUUCCGAGCUUUUGAGCAGGCUGUGGACCAUGGCAGGACUGGAGACGAGAAGACGUCGCAAAGAACCAUAAACACCACCAGCAUCCUUCCGCAAGAAACGCAGCUGAACCUUCUCCGAGCAGCGCGCACGGAGAUAUUUUGUGUAAAAACGUCCCCACCCCAGACCCAGAGUUGUCAUGCAGAUCUGCAUGCCAAAAAAGUUUCUCUUGCGAAGCCCAAUGAGAUCCAUUUUCUAGUCGUGUUUUGGAAUUUGUAAUGCUAGAAUAAGCAUGAUAUACUAGAUCUGUGAUGCUUCGGAACUAGCUAAACAGGACUGCACUACAGGAGCACACUUGUCAUGCGAAACAACCAAAGCUUGUUGAUUUGUCUAGCCGAUUUCCCAUCUUGACUUGGGUGUGGGGACAUCUUUACUCAGCAUGGGACAGUAAACACAGCUACGGUUCUUGUAGAGCGGACGAUGAGGAUGCUGGUUCCGAAAUAAAUUUUUACCUGACCAGCGCGACCAGUAGUGAGGCUGAGCGGGAAAAAGUACCACUAUCGAGGCAGAGGACCCCUGAUCAUCUGCAGGACCAGAAACGACGGCCUACGGGUGGAUCAACACUACAAAAAAAUGCUGUAGCUCAACAUUUAUUUUCCUCGCCUCUCUCUGUCCGCUACUUCGUCCGCCUCUAUGACCCGAUCCCCACUCGCGAAGCCCUCGAAACCGCUUUGACCCCGUAUCAGGACGAAAAAUCCCUCCUACCAAUUAUAACAAAACGGAAAUCUGUGAUGCAGAUUUGUGGUCACAAAUCAGCUUUGUCAUGCUAGAAGGGAAAAGCUGUAGACACUGUAGUGCUGAGUGGCGUGGGAAUAAACCUUUGCAUCUUCAGCAUGACAGGAGGCAGCUGGAAGUGGGAAGCAGCAUGACAAAUUGCCUCCCAUUGAGGCCACCACUGCGGCCCUUGGUCUUCUAGCAUUACAAGUCCACUUGUGUACUCAAAUACAGCAUCAGAAGUUUCGUUUUCGAUAUGGGGAGGUGGAUUUUUCCUUUUGAUACUCCGUACAAACAGGACAGUCUGGCGACCCGUGUCCACGACGAGUUCUCCUAUCAGCAGCAGCUAUUGCGAGGAAAAAUCUCCCCUCCCCAUACUGAAAUAAAGGUAUGUUUCCGAAAAUUUGUGUUGCUGGUUUGUGACCACCAAUCACAUUUGUCGUGCAAGAAGACAAGGGAAUGCCUUCCUGCAAUACAAAGCGCAUUUGUGUACACAAAUCCAGCAUAUAGAAAUCCCGUUUCGAUAUGGGGUGAAGGGAUUUUUCCUUACGAUAGCAGGUCCGGGAAAUUUUCGAGAUCGAGAAAAGGCACGGGCCCAUCCGCAUUUGGGACCUGUCGCAGGUGGAAGACUUUUCCAAUUUAUUUACCCGCGCCUUCUUUUUCGACCUGGACAUAAGCCAGUGGGACGUCAGUUAUGCAUUGCAAAUAUGUCCGGGUCUGGAAAGAAUGGGAUUUGUGAUGCCAGCUGUCGAUCUUCACACAAAAAUCUGUAUUGCACGAGAGGCAAAAAGCGCUCGGAUUGUUGCCACUCGAAGAGGGCAUUUCUCAUGCAGAACAGGGAUUUUAAGCAAACCUUUGCGAAAGCUGUGAUGCUAGAGAAUGCAUCUUCGAAGGCCAUGUACAAUUUGCAUGACAAACUCUCCAAAUCUUCCAGGAGACCCAGACAUUUUUUGGGAUGCAUAUCAGUGGCGCGAAAACCAUGGUUGGCAUGUUCAGCGGUUAUGCAAGAAAAAAACUGUGUAAGUGUAACUCUGUAAUGCAGAACAUGCAACAGCCUCACGUCUGUCAUGCCGGACAACCAUGAAGUCCUCGCUUCAUGUGUGUUUUCCCUUACAGGCCACGCAUGACAGGUUUACUCAGUCAUGUAGAGCAAAUUUGUGAUGCUGUCAGCCAAAGAUAGUUACACUAACACACUUUUUUUCUUGGAUAGCGGUGCGGUGAACUUCAAUAAGCCGAUCCAAGAUUGGGAUGUUUCCUAUGGAUUGCAAAUAUGUCUGUGUCUGGAAGGAUCCGAAAUUGAUGUGAUGCGAGUUGCGGAUCACGCAAAGAUCUGUGUUGCAUGACUGGCAAAAGGUGCGCACUUCUGGCCAUGCAGAGAGGCUAUGAAUUUCUCAUGCAGAAUUAUAGGCAUCACGGAGGGGCUGCAGAGAGAACCUGUGAUGCUAGGCCCCGCAUUCCAGACUCGAGGAAGCUUGGAAAAACUGCAUGACAAAUCUCGGAAUCUACUUCCAGACCCAGACAUAAUCGCAAUGCAUAUUUUCAGCGUGACAACGAUGGACCGGAUGUUUUUUGGCGCGAGUAAUAUCCUGUGCAAAAGUAUCGUACUCGUAGCGAUUGCAGUCAUGCAUUACAAAUCUUUUUCUUAAGGCAAAUCCGCAUUACAAAUUUUAUUUCUCAUGCCGAGUAAAUUUGUACUGCAUUUAUUAUACGAGUGCAAUGGUGCUUUUGCAAUGCAUAAGUAAUUUCAACCAGCCCUUGAAUGACUAUCGCAAGAAAAAACUGUUUCACUGUGAACUUGUGAUGCAGAAAAUGGAUCGCACGCAGAAGUGUGUGUCAUGCUACACAGGCAAGACAAUUGAUUUCUAGCUGUGUUUUCCCUUAAGUAGAUAGGAACCCCGCAUGACAGAUUUUCAGUGUCAUGCGUAGCAAACUUGUCGUGAUGCAGAUUUUGCAGGAUCACCACAGUGAAACAUUUUUUUCGUGGGAUAAUGACUGGAACGUCAGUAAUGUGACGGACAUGUCUAUCACCGGAAAAAAGUGUAGUUAUAACAGUUACCCAUUUGUUGGAAUUUCAGCAUCACAAACUUGCUCUGCACGGCAAAGCAAACUUGUAAUGCGCAGAUGACUAUAACGGAAAAGACGAAUGAAAUGAAGCUGGCAUUGGCAAGCAUCUCCUGCAUGACAGAGAUUGUCUGUCUUGCUGAUGUUGCGUCAGAGUGUGUAACUGCAACAGUUUUUUCUCACGAUAAUGUCAGGGAUGUUUAUGACCGCCCGGGAAUUUAACCAGCCGCUGGACUAUCCUCUGCAAAAACGUCCCCACCCCAGAAUUUGACCCCAGAGUUUUCAUGCAAAUCCGCAUGCGGAAAAUGUUUCAGUUUCUCAUGCGGAGUCCCAUGAGAAGCAUUCUUAUUUUCUAGUCGUGUAGAAGUUUUGGAAUUUGUAAUGCCCCAAUCACCAUGAUAUGCUAGAUCUGUGAUGCUGCUGAACUGGCUAAAGAGGAUUAGGUACACUACGAGGUCAAACUUGUCAUGCGCAACAUCAGCCAAAGCUUGUUGAUUUUUCUACGCAGAUUUCCCAUCUUGGCUAUUACUAUGGGGCGGGGACGUUUUUUUUACAAAGGAUAUGGAUAAGUGGGACGUUAGCACUGUGAGGAACAUGGCAAGCAUGUUUUUCCAGGCGGCAAAAUUUAUCCUGAGUAAAAACGUCCCCACACCAGAGUUGUCAUGCAAAUCUGCAUGCCAAAAAAGUUUGUCAUGCGUAGCGCCAUGAGAGGCAUUUUCUAGUCGUGUUUUGGAAUUUGUGAUGCUAUAAUCUGCAUGAUAUACUAGAUCUGUGAUGCUGCUGAACUACCUAAACAGGAUUACACUACGAGGAGAAACUUGUCAUGCGAAAUGACCAAAGCUGGCUGAUUUGUCUAGCAGAUUUCCCAUCUUGACUCUGGUGUGGGGACGUUUUUACAAAUGAUAAAAUUCAAGCAGUCGCUACGGGCCUGGGAUAUCACACGAGUGGUAUGGAUAGCAAAAAUGUCUGGGUCUGGAAGAGUGGAACUUGUAAUGCUGUCUGCGGAUUCUAAAAAUAUCUGUGUUGCAUGAGCAGCAAGAGGAGUCAGUUCUUGGCACGCGGAGAG